AUGGAGUACGUCAGCUUCGAGGGCUUGCGCGCGGACGGACGACGGGCGAACGAGUGUCGACGCGUCCGGCACGAAUUCGCCGUCGACGCCGACGCCGACGGGAGCGCGCGGUUCGAGAUCGGGAACACGGUCGUGCAGGCCACGGUGCGAGGACCGCGCGAACGGCGCGGCGGACGCGCGGAGGAGGGCGCGAGCGACGCGUGCGCGGUGACGGCGACGUACGCCGCGAGCGGGGCGGCGGCGGACGGCGCGAACGGACGACGAAAGGGGGAUCGAAAGGCGCUCUCGCACGCGGAGACGCUGACGAAAAUACUGGAUAGGGUGGUGAUGACGGAAUUGAUGCCGCGGAGCGCGAUCGCGGUGACGUGCACGGUGCUGUGCGACGACGGAGGGGCGAAGGCGGCGAGCGUCAACGCGGCGACGUUGGCGCUGGCGGACGCGGGAGUGCCGCUGAGGGACACGGUGGGCGCGGUGACGUGCGGAUACCUCGAUGGAGAGGUGUUGAUCGAUCUCAAUCGCGAGGAAGAGCGCGGACGAGGGCCGGAGCUGUUGAUGUAGGACGAGGGCGUGGAUAUCUCGGGCAGAGAAAUCAUCGCCGAGGAGCUCGAUCGAGGGAAAACGACGAUGGAAACGUACGAUGCGAUGCACGAUCUCGCGCUCGCGGCUUCGGCGGUGAUAUCGGCGCGCAUGCGCGAGGCGACGCUGGAGCGCACGCGUUCGCUCGCCGCGACGCGCGCCCUGGAGAAGUUUUGA